AGUGGUGGCUCCCGGAGCGGUUCUGGUGCGAGUCGAAGGAUGCAGCCACCCAGUCGUCAUGAAGGGUUUGUGUGCCGAGUGUGGCCAAGACCUGACCCAGCUGCAGAGCAAGAACGGGAGGCAGCAGAUGCCACUGUCCACAGCCACCGUGUCGAUGGUGCACAGUGUCCCGGAGCUGAUGGUGAGCUCUGAGCAAGCCGAGCAGUUAGGGAGGGAAGACCAGCAACGACUGCAUCGGAACAGGAAGCUGGUGCUCAUGGUCGACUUGGACCAGACCCUGAUCCACACCACGGAGCAGCAGUGCCAGCAGAUGUCAAACAAAGGCAUCCUGCACUUCCAGCUAGGCCGGGGCGAGCCGAUGCUGCACACCCGCCUGCGUCCGCACUGCAGGGAGUUCCUGGAGAAGGUCGCCAGGCUGUACGAGCUGCACGUCUUCACCUUUGGCAGCCGGCUGUAUGCACACACGAUUGCAGGCUUUUUAGACCCUGAGAAGAAGCUUUUUUCUCACCGAAUAUUAUCGAGGGACGAGUGUAUUGACCCGUUUUCUAAAACAGGGAACCUCAGAAAUCUCUUUCCUUGUGGAGACUCAAUGGUUUGCAUUAUUGAUGACCGAGAAGAUGUCUGGAAGUUCGCCCCCAAUCUGAUCACCGUAAAGAAAUACGUCUACUUCCAGGGCACAGGGGACAUCAAUGCUCCCCCAGGGUCCCGGGAGCCUCCGGCGAGAAAGAAAGUGAAUUAUCCUCCCAAAGGUGCUGACAUCGCAGAUCAAGCUCCGUCCACUAAGGACCCUGAGGAGGGAAGGCCGGUUUCUGCAGUUGAGCAGAGUAACGGCCUUGGGAAGCCCAUGAGGGAACUCAACGGGGACUGGGCCUCACCUGCUGCCCGAGCCCCUUUGGUGGACGGUAGGGGGCCCCCAGUGUGUGUUCAGCAGCAGGGUCGGACCUCAGUGGAGAAGCAGCCCACUCAGGGCACAGCAGGCAGUGACCUGGACUUCGACUUAUCCAGUGACAGUGAGAGCAGCAGUGAGUCGGAGGGUCAGUCCUCCACCACCUCUGAUGGCGAAAGUGGGGAGAAGAAGAGCCAGAAGAAGCCUAAGGCUGCGCAGGACACCAGGAGAGCCAUGCAGCAGGGCGGGGCCCCUGGCCCGGGCGGGGAGAGGCCCACACGGCCGAAUCACUGCGGAGAGCCUGUGCCCGGAGUCCAAUCUGACCUGCAGGAGGAGGGCGAGCGAGACGGCUUCUGUGGGCUGGCGGGUGGCUCUGCUGACAAGAAGGAGGCCGAGACGGAGUCCCAGAACAGUGAACAGUCAGGCAUCACAGUGGGCGAGUCCCUGGACCAGAGCGUGGAGGAGGAGGAGAACGAGGAGGAGGAGGACGAUGAUGGCGAUGACCACCUGGUCCACCUGGAGGAGAUCCUCGCCCGCGUGCACUCCGACUACUACGCCAGGUAUGACCGCUACUUGCGCGGGGAGACCCAGGAGGCACCCGACAUACGGAAGAUCGUCCCUGAGCUCAAGAGCCGAGUACUGGCGGACGUGGCCAUAAUCUUCAGUGGGCUGUACCCCACCAACUUCCCGGUGGAAAAGACGCGGGAGCAUUACCAUGCCACGGCCCUCGGAGCCAAGAUCCUCACCCAGCUGGUGUUAGACCCUGACGCCCCUGACAGGGCCACCCACCUGAUUGCUGCAAAGGCAGGCACAGAGAAGGUGCGGCAGGCCCAGGCAUGCGGACAGUUGCACGUGGUGAACCCCGACUGGCUGUGGAGCUGCCUAGAGCGGUGGGACAAGGUGGAGGAGCAGCUCUUCCCGCUGAGCGAGGACUACGGCAAAGUGCAGAGGGAGGACAGCCCCGCAGCCUUUCCCGACAGGCAGGGUGCGCUGCCAGCUGCCUUGUUCCAUCCGACACCCGUGCACCCCAAGGCCCAGCCCGGCCCUGACGUCCGGAUCUACGACGCCAGCACGGGCAAGCUCAUCCGGAAGGGCACUACCAGCCCCGGGCCCCCCGGCUCCCUGCAGAUCCACACGGGACACUCCUCCUUCAGAGCUGUUCAGCCUCAUCAGCAGCAGAUGUUUGGUGAAGAGCUGCCAGAUAAUCCCGAUGGAGAACAGCCUGGUCCUUCUAGAAGAAAGCGACAGCCCAGCAUGUCAGAGACCAUGCCGCUGUACACUCUGUGUAAGGAGGAUUUAGAGAGUAUGGACAAAGAGGUGGACGACAUCCUAGGAGAAGGCAGCGAUGACAGCGACAGCGAGAAGAAGAAGCCGGAGGAGCAGGAGGAGGAGCAGGAUGGGGCACCUCAGCCCAGGGAGCCCAAGGCCCCAGCAGCCCAGAGGGGGCACACACUCCAGUCGAAGUCACCCAGCGAGAGGAGUGCAGCGGAGGCCCGGGGGCCCAGAGUCGGCGGCUGAGUGAAGACGUCCGGUCAGAAGGGUGGGAAGGCACAGUUUCCAUCGUGACCUGUGGACAGUAGUCACAGCCGUUUCCCUCACCAAAGACUGUUCUCCGAGUGCCAGGAAAUGUCCGUCUUGGCGCCGUGGCCGUCCCAUCCAGUCGGUGGCGCACAAGGAAAACUGCCCCAUCUUCAGGGGCUGAAUUCCUGGCACGCGUCCAGCCCACCCACCUCCGUUGAGCACCGACCCCGUGUUUCCAUGUGGACACAGGUGUGGAAGGUGUUCCAGGUGGUGGAUUGAUCUGGAAGGUUCGCUUUCAUACACUGGGGGUUUGUCAUCUCUAAAAUGGAGGAAACAGCACUUCCUCAGUGAAGUUCUCACUCGCUCCCCCACUGGAGCCGUGGUUACGCACCGUCGUGCCUGCUCCUGCCCUGCCGUCUUCGGUGCACCCCUGGGCAUUCAUCACAUCUGUGGACACAGUUGCACUGUGUCCAGUCUCUUUUGCCACAAGCAGUGCUGUGGGGCCUGCCCCAUGCACUUGAGCGCAUCACUCGGUGGAUUUCUGAAAGCAGAAUUGCCGGUCGAAAGGUGUUUGCACUUUUAACCUGUAGCUGCUGACGGUUGUCCUCUGUGGAAGGUGGUGCCAAUCAGACUCCCCUCAGAACAAGUGACUGUGCUCAUUGUCCACACCUGCUCAGCGCGACAGAUAAAAAGUGGUGUCGUUGUUUUUCUGCCUUUGUCUUUCUAAGGGCUGUGCCCAUGCCCGAGGCUGAGCCCAGAGAGCCCACACUUUGGGGACAGCGACUUCACCAAAACAGUCCAGCCAGUCACUAAACAGCAACAGUAACCAGCCUGCGGGGAGGGGAGACCAGGACCCAGGGCUGCUACAACAUGGGAACUAAAAUGUCCACUUUCAUUUUAUGGGAGGAGAAACAUUUCGUA